AUGCCUGUUGACUUUGUUACGAGUGUGUUUCUAGAUGGGCCGCAGGUGAUACCCUAUUGGGACCGGAUUAAGGAAUAUGCCCCCGUUGUUGUUCCCAUUUUAGCAAGUAUUGGUGUUGCAAAAUAUUAUUUUCGUGGAGUAACAAAUACGUGGGAAAGAGAUAUGCAUGGGAAAGUAUAUAUGAUUACAGGCGGUACGAGUGGUAUAGGUGCGACUAUUGCGUUUGAGUUAGCAACCAAGGGGGCACAGAUAAUCUUGUUGACGCGGAAAACUCGCGAUUUGUGGCUUGCUGAGUAUAUUGAAGAUAUGCGUGAUAGAACCAGUAAUCCCUUAAUAUAUGCCGAGGAGUGUGAUUUGAAUUCCCUUUAUUCUGUACGUCAAUUUGUUACCAAAUGGUUGGACAAUGUGCCUCCUAGAAGACUAGACGGUGUCAUAUGUUGUGCAGCAGAAUCGAUACCGAGAAACAGUCAACGACAAAUCACCAUUGAUGGCGUUGAAAGACAAAUUGGGGUAAAUUAUCUUGCGCAUUACCAUUUGUUGACUUUAUUACAACCUAGUUUGCAAGUACAGCCUCCCGAUAGAGAUGUACGAGUAUUGAUCGCCACUUGUUCUUCACAGAGUUUGGGUGAGUUGGAUUUGCAGGAUUUGAUUUGGGAAAAUAAGCGAUUUCCAAAAGAGCAGCCCUGGAAAUUGUAUGGAAGUUCAAAGUUGUUAUUGUGUUUGUUUGCCAAACAUUUUCAAAAGGAAUUGAUGGCCUAUGAACGUAAAGAUCAAGCUCCUUGCAAUAUUCGAAUAAAUAUGGUUAACCCCGGUUUAGUGAGAACGCCUUCCAUGAGAAGAUUUAUAUCGAUGGGGACGAUUUGGGGGUUAAUUUUGUAUUUGAUAAUGUGGCCAUUUUGGUGGAUUUGUUUAAAAAGUUGUAGUCAAGGAGCACAAACCUUUUUUUUUGGCUUGUAUUCUCCAAUUUUGAUGAAGAUGGACGGGGGUCUUGUAUUGCAGGAGUGUAAGAUUUUAGGUUCUAUGGCAAGAAAAGAGUAUCUGGAUGAAGAGUUGCAAAAAGAGGUUUUUCAAAAAACACAAGAAUUGAUCAAGAAAUUAGAGGUUCAACUGGCUGUUGAGCGGAAAAAGAAUAAGACCAAGGAGGAGUUGGAAAAGGAGAAGAAUGCAAAGUUAAAGAAAGAGAAGGAUCUUAGCAUUCAGCCUCGAUCGACAAAAGAGUUGGAGCAAAAAUUGAAUACGUUAAGGGAUCAAAUUGGCAUCACCAAUAAAAGCUCCUUGCUUCCAAGUGAUGGUGUUGAAGAAUUACCACUAUUUCCUGAUAAGGAAGCGUUAAAGACAGCCAAGGAGAUUAGUGGUGGUGGCCAAAACAAAGAAUUGAAUAGUGCUAGUUCCAAGAAAAGCAAUAACUCUAGCACCUCGAGUAAGCAAAAGAAUAAAAAGAAAACCUAA